AGGAAACUUAUCAAUGGCAAAGAUUGCAGGAUCCAGAUGGUCACUUACUGGUUUGGUGGCUCUCGUCACUGGCGGCACUAAGGGAAUUGGGCAUGCAAUUGUGGAGGAGCUUGCUGAACUUGGUGCAACAGUGUACACAUGUUCAAGGAAAGAAUCAGAACUCAAUGAACGUUUGCAAGAGUGGUCUGCCAAAGGCCUUCAAGUAAAAGGUUCAGUAUGCGAUGUAUCUUCUAGAGAGCAAAGAGUACAACUCAUGGAAAGGGUUUCCUUGGCAUUUGAUGGAAAACUCAACAUUCUUAUAAACAAUGUUGGGACAAACAUGUGGAAGCAUACUGUCGAAUAUACUGCCGAAGAUUAUGCCUAUAUGAUGGCUACCAAUUUAGAAUCUUCAUUCCAUAUGUGUCAACUUGCUCAUCCUCUCCUGAAAUCAUCUGGAGCUGGAACUAUUGUUUUCAUGUCCUCUGUUGCUGGUCUUGUCCACCUGUCUGGGACUUCUAUUUAUGGAGCAACAAAAGGGGCAAUGAAUCAGCUGACAAGAAAUUUGGCUUGUGAAUGGGCAAAAGAUGGUAUUCGGGUUAACGGUGUUGCACCCUGGUACAUAAACACUCCCCUCGUCGAAAAUUUGCUGGAGGAUAAAGCUUUUAUGGAAGGAGUAAUAUCAAGAACUCCUCUUAAGCGUCCUGGAGAAGCUGAAGAAGUUUCAUCAUUGGUCGCUUAUCUUUGUCUUCCUGCUGCUUCCUAUGUCACUGGCCAGGUUAUAGCAGUUGAUGGAGGAUUCACUGUCUAUGGCAUUUACAAUAUGAUCUAUCCAUUUGGAUAAUGGGCUUCAGGGAAUAAAUUGUGCCGGCAACUAUGUCUAAAGUAAGCUUUGAGUUCAAAAGUAUGCUCUGCUAGAAUGCUACUUAAAAAUAUAACAAUCUUAUCAUAUAGAAAAACUUAGCAGUA